ACAUUUCCCUCUCCCUCUCUCCCUCUCCCCCCUCUUCUGUCUUGCAGAGCUGAAAUCUAGGGUUUUGAUUCCAGACGGUGAGAUUCGUUUUCCUACAUCAGAUCUAGGGUUGCUUAUCGUUGGCGCAGCUGAAUUUCAGGCAGCUUCUUUCAAAUCGGAAGGUUUUGGAUUUUUUUGAGGCUCCCAUUGUGCAUGGUCCUUAAUUUGGUGCCUUAUUUCCAGCUGUCUUGUUGGUAGCUGUUUCAAGAUUUAUCUGGAGUUUACAGGUUAGCAAAACUGUGCAAUAUUAUGAGUUUUUGCCGCUAGCUGCAUCUCCCGAUCUCUCUCUCUCUCUUUUUUUUUCUACAAUGAUUGCUGCUGGUUCUUUGCAAUUGUUCCAUGAAUUGGGAACAUGCAAGCAGUAUGGAGUAUUGGGACAUCCUAACCAAUCUAAGAGGAGUAUGAUAAGAACGAGCAGACUACAUUUAUUGAGACCUGCCCUUUCUUCACAUGCUUUGCUACAGGAUGCUUGGGCUCUCCAUCUUUCAGACACUCUCCACAGACCAAUACAUUGUUUUCCUUCCAGAUAUAAUAUUUUCGUUUGCAGAUCUUUUUUAACACCAGGUCGAGCAAAUGAGGCUCCCAUUCUGAAAGCUGCUACUCUGGCUUUGACUAGAUCAUAUAAGUAUUUGAAUGGAACUCCUCUUGUACUUCAGUUGGUCCCAGCAGUCGGGAUCAUUGCUUUUGCUGUGUGGGGUCUUGGGCCACUCAUGCGCCACAGCAGAAAUCUAUUCCUCCAUCGGAGUGAUAGUAGUUGGAAAAAGAGUAGAACUUAUCGCGUCUUCACCUCCUAUCUGCAACCUUUUCUGCUAUGGACAGGAGCAACACUCAUUUGCAGAGUGCUGGAUCCAGUAACUCUACCAUCAGAGGCAAGCCAAGCCAUUAAGCAACGGCUUUUGAAUUUUGUAAAAUCAUUAUCAACUGUGCUUGCCUUUGCAUAUUGUCUAUCAAGCUUGAUUCAACAAGCACAAAAAUUCUUCAUGGAGACGAAUGACUCCAAUGAUGCCAGAAAUAUGGGUUUCCAAUUUGCUGGAAAAGCCGUGUACACUGCAGUGUGGGUUGCUGCAGUUUCAUUAUUCAUGGAGUUGCUGGGUUUCUCUACCCAGAGAUGGCUCACUGCAGGAGGUCUUGGAACAGUACUGCUGACACUUGCGGGUCGUGAGAUAUUCACAAACUUCCUUUCGAGUGUCAUGAUCCAUGCGACGCGGCCAUUUAUUGUGAACGAAUGGAUUCAAACUAAGAUUGAAGGCUAUGAAGUUUCUGGUACAGUUGAGCAUGUAGGAUGGUGGUCACCAACAAUCAUAAGAGGUGAUGAUCGUGAGGCGGUUCACAUUCCGAAUCACAAGUUCACAGUGAGUGUUGUGAGGAAUCUCACUCAGAAGACUCAUUGGCGUAUCAAAACCCACAUUGCCAUUAGUCACUUGGAUGUCAAUAAGAUAAAUAAUAUUGUGGCAGAUAUGCGUAAGGUCUUGGCAAAAAAUCCUCAAGUAGAGCAGCAAAGGUUGCACAGAAGAGUCUUUUUGGAGAAUAUAAAUCCAGAAAACCAGGCCCUUUUGAUUCUGGUAUCCUGCUUUGUGAAGACCUCACAUAUUGAAGAGUACCUUUGUGUCAAGGAGGCCAUUUUGUUGGAUCUUCUCAGAGUCGUCAGCCAUCACCGUGCCCGGCUGGCCACUCCGAUCCGCACGGUUCAGAAGAUAUAUGCUGAUGCUGAUGUGGACAACAUCCCGUUUUCAGAGACCAUUUUCACCCGUGCUGGAGCAGCCACUCCCCGACCAUUGCUGCUGAUUGAGCCCCCAUCUAGAAUCCACAGUGACGAUAGAACAACAAAAGCACGUUCCCCACGUGCAAAUGAAGAACAAGUUGCGAAGGCAGUUGUGCUGGACUCCAAGGAGACAGGUUCAGCAACAGACACCUCAGCCCAACAUGCCUCUGACAACAGGCAGUCCAAGAAGGCAGGUUCUGGAGAUGCUCGCUCAAAGAGCGGGAAGGUCGAAGGUGCUCCAUCUGUAGUUCCAGCAUCACCCCCCUUGCCCAAGCAACAGCUUGAAGGCCUGGACUCAAUAGGCGAAAAGACGGACAGUCUGCCAUCAACAUAUCACGUGAAGCAUGAAAGUGAGAGGUCACCACCCACACCCCCAACCCCACCGAUUGCCAGGCCUGCCUUGGAGGAGAACAUAGUGCUAGGUGUUGCAUUAGAGGGCUCAAAGCGGACCCUUCCGAUUGAAGAAGGGAUGGGUCCCACAUUGAACCCUGCUGAGGCGAAGGAGUUAGCUACAUGCCGGAAUGGGAAUGGGUCCUCGUCCGCCACUGCUGGGAAGGAUAAGAAAGACAAUCAACUUCCUGCAGUUCCCGGUACAGCCAGCAGUGAUCAGAGGGAUCAGGAAAGAUAAGCUGUGGGAGUGUGUUGUAAUAUUGGGAAGAAAAAUGCAUAAAGCUGUGUUUUUGGAGGGCUGUUGUUAUGCAUUUGUAUAUGUUCGCUAGGUUAAUCAUAUCCAUUAAAUUGAGGAUUUCUACGUGUC